AAGCAAGUACGAUGAUAAAUAGUAAUUCAUCGUUGCAAACCAUGGCUAAAAUAUGAAAAAUACAUUCCGUAUUGGUAAUAGUUAAAAAUAAAAUCGUUAUGAAUCAAAUGUGUAAAUUUUAUGUAAAUGCGUAUCUACAGAGACAGAACCAAAAAAUAUUUACAAAAUUGAUUGGAAACGAAGGGGUUGCAUUUUUUACCCUAUUUAUCAACAUUUUCUCUCACCUGAAACUUUGAAAGCUAGUAUUCUCAGUAAUUUCAGUAAUGCAAUAAAUGCUAAAAUAAUGGAUCCUCUUUAUACUGAAAUGAUACACAAUUUACGUAUAUUUUAAAAACCGCAAUAUUUUUGACUGCUUAUAUUAUUUCACGACUUCGCUUAUUGUUUUCUGUCUCCUGAUUGGCUGUACUUACCUUGACAAAUGAGACCCCAAUUAACGUGCAGCUAACACGGUCCUCGCGUUUUAGUACCGCCCAUAAACCCAGAAAAUUGGUGAUAUAUCUGAAAUUAUUAGCGGUUGAUUGAUAUAUUCCGCAUAUGUUUUUGCCUGAAACUCGUGCAGUCUUUCCAUCAAUGCAUGCGAUCUGUCAUAUGUUCGUGUUGGAAAGCCCCCGGUUUACACCUUUUUUUUCUGGGCAACAGAAAGACAACUGAAUUAUAACCCGAAAACAAAAAAGCUUCCAUCAAGUUUACGUCGAUUCUGACGCAUGUCAUUAGCAUAGUAAAUCAUUCUUAAAUAGGGAUACCAAGCCUCGGUGAAAUUAGUGAAUGAAAUCUUCGUUGGCGUAAUAAGAUAAUGUUUUUCAAAAUAAUAGCCAGUCUGUGCCUUCUUCAAAGUCUUCAAACCUUUGCCAAAGGACAGAUUACAGGACAUGGCGGAAAGAGACACGUGGUUACGUUUCCAGCCGGCCUGAAGCCAGUGACCAGAGCGGAAAUUUUGAUCUCCAGCUUACAGGACACCACCGUGAGGAUGAAGUCCAAGUUCCCGGGGGUAGACAGUGUCCUUCAGGUACAGUCCGAUGUGGGAGCGGUGGUGUCCCUCUCGUCGGAAAUAGUUCUGGACGGAAACAAGAGAGAAGAUAAAGGGAUCUUCAUCGAAUCCGACCAUCCUAUUUCUGUAUACGGACAUUCCGGUGACGAGUGUUGCGAAGGGGAGGGGUUCCUGGUCAUCCCUGUGGAUUUCUGGGGGACGGAGUACGACAUCGCAACCCACAUUAACAGCACAGUUGCCGUGGUAGCUGUCGAGGACAACACGGAAGUGAUCGCUAAAGGAUUCUGGGCUGGCGUGCUUUUCGAAUCCAACUAUUACGCUAAUGGUGACAACAUUACGUUCAUACUCUCAGCCGGGCAAACGGCGCAGCUGCAGACCCCUCUGGGAUACCUUCUGGGUACCCGUUUGCAUUCCAACAAACCUAUCGGGGUCAUCUCUGGACAGUAUUACGCCUCACCUUCAAGAUCCAAGUACAACCAGAUGAUAGAAUUCAUCCCUCCCGCCAGCAGUAUCGGUAAAAACUUCAUCGUUCCUCCCUUCUUCAAUACGACUUACCUCACCCUACAUUAUUACAAUAUGGGAGAGGAUAACCUAGUGACAACAAGAGGUAAAAAUGUUAAUCGUUCCAGCAGAUUACAAAAAAGAGGCGGAUACAUGAUUUCCGCGGGUGCCUCCAACCCUUACCACGGAUUUGCCGAAAAACCGGUCAUUUUGACGGCUACACCUUACACCAUCAGUCCCUUCCUGCUCUUUGUCCCGUCCUUGGACCAGUAUUCCAACAACUACAAAUUCCACACUCCAACAAAACAGAACCUGACCCAUUACAUUGUGCUGUUGGUAAAAUCAAAGGACGAGAGCGAAAUUACUAUUGACGGUCAAAAGAUUUACUCCAAGGUGGAGAGUUUAGAUGCCCUUCUUAUUAAUGACACCAUAUACCUCAUCAUCUCGGCGGAAGUGAGUACUGGUCAGCACUACGUCACGCAUCCGGACCCUAAUGUGAGAUUCGGGUUGAUUUUGUACGGAUUUGAUGACACGCAGUCCUAUGCUUACCCCGUGGGUCUGAGGUUACCACCAUUCUCAGUAACGGUAGCAGCAUAAGUUGCUGUACAUUCAUGUUUUAUUUUCAUUAUCAUAUAUUUCAACUUAUAAAGCCAUUCUUAUAUCAUAUACGAAACGUUUUUUUUUUAAUUUCUUUGUUGUUCAUACGAAUGUAAUAAAAUAAAAACCAAAAUAAAAGGUGAUUGAUUAGUUUGUAUCUAAAGCGCGCAGUCAAAUUUGUAGCAUAAAAUAUGUAUUGUCGAUACUGUUGUUUUGUUCA